UUCAUGAUUUGCCCGUUCAGUCAAGCACAUUUGGAUGGUUGUAUUAAUAACAGAUUGUCGACUCAUAAUUAGCAAAUGUAUUAGUAAUCGGAAUUUCAUUUAUUGGCUUUUAUUUGUUUAUUAGCAUUGUGUAGUCAUACGGUGCGCUUGCAAUGAACCUGAAGCUCCGCUGCGGUCUCUUUUUCGCGUACCUGAGCUUUCAAAGCUCGCAGGUGAACGGCUACAGUUUUAACGUCGAAGAUGUGAUAGUUAUUAGUAACGAUUUCGUGAAAAAUACCUAUUUUUCUUACAGCUUGUUGUUGCAAGUUGGUGAUGGUGUUUCGCUAAUAGUGGGAGCGCCAAAAAAUGUUGCUAAUCCAGAUGCAGGAGGCGAUGUCUACAAUUGUGCGAUUAAGGAGGAUAGUUCUUUUUGUACUCAAUAUCCAUUUGGACGUUCCUUGAACUCAACUGUACCAAAUGGAAACUUCUUGGGAAUGUCGAUGGAUGGGGACAGUCACCAACAUGGGCCUGUAGUGAUUUGUGCACCACGAACUCGCUCUCCUGAUACAAAACCGAUGAGCUAUUUCACAAGGGGAUAUUGCCUGUAUAUGAAAAAUAGCUCGCUUAUUUACGAAAAUCCUGCUGUGAUUGCGCCCACUAAUGCGAUUAGUUUGGGAGCUGAUUUGUCCCGUGAUUUAGCUGGAAAGUUAUACUAUAAUCUUGCCUUUGCCAUGGCAGGAUUUGACGUUUUCUUUGCUUCUCCUGAACGAAUUAUAUUAGGAAGCCCUGGAGUCAAGAAAUUUAGUGGGGCCAUAAUGUCUUAUUCAGUGUACGAGAACAAAAUCAUCGGACUGUUCCCCAAAAGAGCCAUGCGAUCAUCAGACGAAGACACGUAUUUUGGUUACUCAACAAUAAUGGCUCACUUCAUCCCUCAGGAAGCUUGGUAUGUUGCGGGAGCGCCUCGCGCCAACGACUUGAAAGGAAAAGUGACUAUCUUCAGCCAGGAUAUUAAUGCCAGUGAAGAAUCUCGGGUGGUGGCCAGUUUCGAAGGAGAAGAACCUGGCGCCUACUUCGGAUCAACUUUGCUAGCCGUAGAUGUGAGCAAUGAUCAAAUUGUUGAUCUACUCAUUGGAGCCCCUACGGCGGCAGGAAAGACUUGGGACGAAGGAAGUGUAUAUUUCUACAAGGGAACAUCCGCUAAGUCGUUUCUUCGCGGAAGAAAAUUGACUGGCCUUGCGAAGAUAGGAGGCAGAUUUGGGUCUGCAAUGGCUGCUGUGGGGGACUUCGAUCUGGAUGGGUUUAAUGAUGUUGCUAUUGCAGCCCCUUAUGAGGACGACGGCGCAGGAGCCGUUUAUAUCUACAGGGGAAGUACCGAAGGACUGACCAAUCACUUCAGCCAAAGAAUAUCCCCAUCUGACUUCCACAUGGACGUAGUCAAUGUGAAAGGCUUCGGAAUGGGCCUGUCCAAAGGCAAUGAUAUUGAUAGAAACGGUCACAAUGACAUCGCCAUUGGGGCCUACAAAUCAGACCAGGCCUUUAUACUGAAGAGUUUCAGCAUCAUCGACUAUCAGGCGCAGUUAUAUCCCGACAUUGCGUCGAUUUCAAACGAAACCGACAGUUUCAAGCUGAAUUUUUGCAUUUUGUACACGGAAAGAAGCGCGCAAAUCAAUCGAAAUCAAAUGGAGUUCCAAAUUGUGAUCGACCUGGAUUAUCGCUCGGUUGUAGACACAGUUUCCAGGACUGUUACUGCUAGUUCAAAAGUGAGGACUUGCACAGAAUUUCACGUGGAAUUAAAGAAAAUAAUGAACAUAUCACCGUUUACAAGUGUUUUGAGCAUUGAAACAUCCACCAAAGGUGUUAUCGCUCAUGGAGAGAAAACACUGAAUUCCAUAGUGCCGUAUUCGCAUGGCUGUGGUGAUGAUAACAUUUGCAACACCUUUUUAACCCUCCAGCUGAAAGCCAGUAGUAACACUUUGGUCUUGGGAUUAAACAAGGAAAUCAGUCUGGAUGUUAAGGUGCAAAAUGACGGAGAACCCGCCUAUCAGUGUUCAGUAAAACUGCACGGUUCUGAUGAAUUGCUCCUCAGAAAUGCAAAAGAUUGCACGAAAAACGAUGAUCAUUAUACAUGUCCGUUUAAUGAGUACAUGAUGCUGGUUGGUUCAAUACAAAAAACCUUUAUUUUCGAUGUGCUCGAAAUCACACCGGAUGUCGCUCAUCUCGACUUCAAAGGCGAAGUCGCCUGUUUGGGCGUAAAUGAUCCCACUAGUAAAACUGAAACUGAAUUGCAAAUUCCGGUAGUUUUGCAUAGUGUUCCCUAUAUUAUUGGGAAAUCGGUGCCCGAAAGCGCCGAGCUAUCGCUCAAAAGCCACAGCGAAAAUGUGGAAGUUUUGCACCAAUUUUCGCUAGAGAAACAUGGUCCUUCUCCGCUGCGAAUCGAUGUGGAUCUUUUCAUUCCUGUCGACCAAUACAACGGGAUUAACAUCUUCAAUGUCACUUCCAUUCAUGGGGCAACCGAUAAUAUCGGGAUAGAUUGUAUGCCUUCGGCUGCGAAAGAGAUUUUGACCCUUCAAGUGCCCCAGGACCUGCCAAUUGCGGUAAACAGGACCUUUUUAAUUAGUUGCGGCUCGGAUUACGGCUGUAUUCGAUAUUCUUGCAAAGGGGAGUUUUUGUAUCAAACUGCAGAGCUGGCAAUAUUUGAAAUCCGAACGCUUGUGGACAUGGAUUCCUUAGCGUUAAAGUAUAAAAGUUUUUUGACGAAAAAGGAUAUUAUAGCGUACGUUCCAGUGGCGCAUCAAGCAACUGAAAGUGGCGGAGUGGCUGCUUGGGGAGUGUUUUUGUUCUUCGCGCAUAGUCCUGCGCCUGUUCCCCUAUGGGUGUUUCUAUUGGGACCAAUCAUCGCUUCUCUUCUACUGGUCUUGAUCUCGUUUGGCUUAUACAAGUGUCAUUUCUUUGAGCGAAACUACAAGGCAAAGUUAGAGCAGGAAAAGGAGCAACAAACCCUAAUUGUGAGCGACAGCGAUACUCAGAGCCAGUCAAUUGAUGAUGAUAUAGUGCUUCGAAACAACGAUUUUGCGAAUAUGUAAAUGUACCAAAGCAAAAUUAUUUGGGAAUGUUUUUUUUAUUACACGCAAAAAACAUUUGGACUGGU